AUGGCGAAGAAACGCACAAACUCGAAAAAGAACCAGAAGCGGAAUGAUCAGACGGCCGGAUCUCAAAAUACAAAAAGUCCACCACAUUCUGAUGCAAGUAGGCCAGCCAGUCGUGUGAGCAAUCCGUCAGAUGUGGAGAACUCAGGGCAGAAAAAUAUACCGAUGAGAAAGAAACCCAUUUCACAGAAAUCAACGCAGAUAUUUGGAAACAAGGCGUCCCAGAUGAACAUUCCUGCGAAAAUAGUUGCCAAUAAGCCGGUCGAGAGCACGGUUAACGAGCGUUGUGUUGAUCUUGGACCCAUGUCUUCUACUUCUUCGAGUCGUCUAGAUGACACCGACGUUCAUAUCAGGCAUAUAGUAGCUAACUUCAGAGGUAACACGAAGAAGUUGGAAGCGAUUGCUGAUAUCAACUUUAUGAUUGACAGCACAAGUUCAUACCUUCAGCGAUUCACCAUUCGGAACAAACUUCGUUCAAACGGACUACUCUCAGCAUUGGCUGCUCACGUGGAUUGUGCACAUGUGGACGAGGAAGUCGACGCUCAAGUACGAACAUACCUAGAAUCGGAGAAAAGAGAUGCUCGACUCUUGGGUUUGCCGGAUGAUAGUAGGAGUCCUAUAGAAGCUUUGGCCAAAGUUAUGCUGAGAACUACUGACCUGCAAUGGAAGAAAAUGGUUAGCUUGCAAAAUUUCAUCCCCAAAGUGGCAAAAAGAUGCGGAAAAAAUACUAAACAUACUGAAAGACUGAUUUUAGCUUCAUGCGAUGUUAACGUGCUGGAUUUCAUCGGAUGCUCAGAAAAACUCGAGGAAUGCAUAGCGACACUCUCCAACGUACAGAAUGAUAGAAAGGACAGGAAAGACUCGGAAGUGCAGACUGAUAAAAUGAAAGGAUACGCAGGACUACCCAGAGAACCGUCUCUUGCGCUUUCCACCACAAUUCCAGAGGAAUCAGCUGUGUUUUGUGACUAUUCAACUUCCGAUGACGAGAGCAAAUUGAGUCAUUCGGACCCGACGACACCAGAUGCCCUCAUGAAUCGGAACUUGAAAAAAUGGGCGACAGCUACCGAUUUGCCGUCACAAGCCAAAACAGGCGUCGAUAAUUCUUUCUUCCGAUCGAGUUGUUCCGCUUCUACAUUUUCUUCCGAUGAUGACGGACCAUUGUCUCCAGCACACGACAGUGCGUUGCCGGCGAUUAAUGAAGUAUUGGAUUCCUCCGAAGAAACGGAAAGUAACGAGAUGCACACUGGUCUCGAUACGACACUUCCCGUGAAAUUCGCAGACAGUGCGAAUAUUGCAUUCAUCGAUGAAGCAUCUUCAACGUCAUCAUUGUCAGAUAAUAUGGGUUUCAGUGAGAUAAUGACGAUGAGUUUCGAAAUGGUAGAUUCUGAAGAGAAGAGUUGGGACAAUAUUCCUCCAAUCAGCACGAACGCUCCACCUCCACCACCUCCACCUGUUUCGACAACAUCGAUGUUGCCACCGAUCAGUUCAACAGCUCCACCACCACCACCCCUAUCAAACGUUAUUGCCCCGGUAUCGAGCAAUGCCCCACCUCCACCACCGCCUCCUCGAAUCCCAGGAAUGGCUCCCUUGGCGACAAAUGCUCCCCCACCUCCGACGCUCCCUCCAAUGCCUGCUGGAAUGGCUCCUCUCUCUAGAAAUGCUCCUCCCCCUCCACCACCGCCAACAGGUUCUACAGGUGGACCUCCCCCUGCUCCCCCUUUGCCACUCGACAUGCUAAAAGGAGCUGCAGCUGGAUUGAGAACUGUACCAGGAGGACCUCCACCACCUCCACCACCUCCGCCUCCUUCUUUUAUGUUCAACGGAAACGCAUCGAACGCGUUCAGUCCAGGUUCUGCAACUUCGCCAGUUCUAUCUCCUGGAAUUGUCAAAUCAGCAGUUGUGUACAGGAAACAGAAAAAGACAGCGUUCGUUCGUUGGCCUAAACUGACGAACCAAAUGCAAGAUGCAGGAACUGUAUUCAACGAUUCCUUGUGCGUUGAUUUUAAUGAAGAGGAACGAUCCAAGAUGGAAGAAGUUUUCGAAGAAGCUCCAAUCAAGCAGUUGAACAGGAAGAUUGGUGGAUCCGUUGGACGAGUCUUUGGAAAAUCGCUCAGAGCUACAACAUCGUCGUCGGAUGUCAAUACAAUCUCUGCUCGGUCUCCGACAACUCAACAGGUGCUUGUAUCUCCCAAAGCAUUGACAAUUGAGAUCCUGAUCAAGAAAUUAAAACCUCUGGAUUUCACCGAAUUGAUAGACAAGCUAGAGCGAAACGAGACGGAUGGAAUAAAAGUCGACCUGAUGACAACACUCAACAAAAAUUUCCCCGAUAAAGACGAACUAGAUCCAUUCCUGAAAGUGGAGUAUCGUACACUGACGCAUGCCAGCGAUCAGUUCUGCUGGCAUAUUGCUCGAAACAAACACCUGCGAUUGCGUAUCGAACUUUUCAUAACGAAGGAAAACUUGACAGCAGAGAUUGGCAAAUUUCAAACACAGAUCGAAUUGCUUCAGUCUGGUUGCACUUUAGCUCGUGGAGAGGUCAUCCAAGUACUACUACGAAAGUGCUUGCAAUAUGGAAACUAUCUCAAUCAAGGAUCGAUGUUCGCUGAAGCAGCAGGAUUCCAGUUCAGCUAUCUGCUACAGCUACUGCAGAUGAAGGGAAAAGGACAGCACGUUUCUGUGAAGCUUGUCGACCUCAUUGUAGCAUUUUGUGAUCUACAAACAAAUCAGCUUGAAGAAAUCCAAGCGAAAAUGGUUUCUGUGAGACCUUUGAAUCUGAAAGAUCUGGAGGACGCCGUUGGGCAGGUUCAGCGAACGAUUCGCAAACUUGAUGGUCAAAUGAGAGCCUCGAAUGUUGAGCCCUUGAUUGCUGCCUAUCAACCAUUCAUGGAACAGACUAGCGAAAAAUUACAAAAUGUGCAAAAUGGACUUUCCGAUGUGAAGACUCGUGAGAUGGAGCUGCAAGUAUACUUGUGCGCAGGCAAUAUGACACUGCAAGCAAUUUUCGAAACCCUCGAACAAAGCAUGAAAAUUGUGAUGGACGCAGUCAAGCAAGCAGCUUCGAAAGCUCGCGUUACACGUGCCUCGUCAAUGGUAUCCCUCUCGACGACUUCUGUUUCACAACGAUCGUUGAGAGAAGGGGAAAUCUUGGCUAGGAAAUCGAUGGCGUUGAAAAGUCGUGAUCUUCCAGUUGAAGAAUUGAAGAAGUUCUUCUCCCACUCGUCUUUUGGCCCACAAAGGACCAAGAAGAUACCAGCGUCACCACUCACAACUUCUAAUAUAUCGCCUACUCGAACGAUUCGGCGAAGAAGCGGGGAAUCAUUCAAGGAGCAGCAAGAUGAAGCUAAAUGCCAAGAAAACAACGAAGACAAAGAUUCAGAUCGUCAACUUCCAACAGCUCCCUUGACGCCGGUGGAACCGCCGUCAGUGUCGUCUCUACGUCGAGAUAUUCGAGAUCUUUCGUCUCUUGUUGGCAGUCCAGUGUGA